UAUAAUUUCGGAAUUUGUCAUUUACAGUAAGGUUUUAUGGGUAUCAGCCCUCUUCCUCGAUGUUCGACCUUUGUGCGCAUGCUCCGUUGCCAUAGUGACGACUUAUACAGCCCCACAAGUGGUUGAUACCAGAGCGUCAUCGAAGAAAACCCUAAUCCUUUAACGAGACAUUUAAAAGAUGUGUGAAGGACCUUCAUCAAUAUCUGGCCCAAUUCCCCCAGACCCUUCACUGUUUCCUCAAUACUACCAACGACCAGCUUCAGCUCGUGGUCGUUUAGAGGGGAACCAUGCUGGAACUCUGGGCCUUUUCUUGGGCCCCUUUGCUCCUGAUCCUGUUGUGUUCCCAGGCUGCUAUAGCUCUCGUACAGCAGUCCACCACCGUCCACGCAUUGGCCCCAACGCAGCCCAUAUUCUGGAACGGGGUCGGAAAGGCGUCGUGGGAGAACUGAUGAAACUAGACAACGUCUCAGUCAGUCCUGCUCCAAAACCGAAACAGAGAGUGCAUGACUUUGGUAAAGAAAACGUACGCCGGCUGAAGGAGAUUCAGAAACGCUGCAAAGAGCAGGAGGCUGAGAAAGCCCAGGCCCGUCCUGUUCCAGUGAAAGCUUUGUGGACUGCUCCAAAAUACCAACAUGUGUCUUCCAGGGUGCUGGCCCAGCUAGAGAGUUCUACACCUACGGUAAAACCACAGUGUCAAAACUUCCUCAAGGCCCACUCUAAUGGCAGUUAUGCUGCACCAUCAGUACCUUCACUUGCUUUCAAAAAUUCAUGCAACUCUGCGCAGGAUCAGGACUUGAAGGUGCAAGGUCAGGCAAUAAACUUCAUCAGACACAAUGCCAGAGCCGCAGGAAAAACUGUGACUCGCCGUUCUCAGUCACUGACAGACCUCAGAGAUAAACCUGUGCCCAGCGCAGUCAAAGGACAGGUCCCGCAGUACCUUGAGGAAAGGAAAGCACAGUGGCGCAAAGAGGAGGAGGAGAGAAAAAGAAACACACCCGAUCCUACAAUCCCACCUGGUCACACCUUAAUGCAGGACAGUGAAAGGCAGGAAACACUGAAAUCUCUGAAAGAUACUCAUCGCACCCUGGUGAUGGAAUUAAACUCACUCCCUCUGAAAGCAGACAACCUGAGUACUCGCUCACGUCGGGCUCAUCUUGACUGCAGGCUUUCUGAAAUUGAGGAGGCAAUAAAGAUAUUCUCCAGGGACAAAGUUUAUAUCAAAACUGAUUCCUAACAUCUCAAGAAGAGGAUAUAUAAAGAGGAUAUAUAGGAAAGGGUGGAAUAGGAUCCUUAAAAAUCAACACAAUUUAGAUACUGCUGUGGAAAUAUACCCAAAAAAGUUGUACAUUAGAUUUAUUUGCUUUGAAUGCAUUUUUUAUUUUAUAAAAUGUAUACAUGGUAUCUUGAAAAACAGUUGUGUAUCUGCUUGUAAUUUAUUUAUUUUGCUUUUGAGCUGUAUUUGAUGUAUUGUAGCCACAUAACUGUCAGUAAUGAAAAUGUAUAUUUUUCUUUCUUAAAUCUUAUCCAAUAAUACUUUGUACAGAA